AUGCAGUCUAGUUGGGCAUCUCUUUUCUUAAUUGGAAACUUUUUUGCCUUUGGAUAUGCAGCUUUACCCCUGCAGAUUCUUACCUGGGGAAAGACCCCCCCCCCGUUUCACAUUACGAUAUGGGCAACCUUGGUUCAGAACCCUGUCCAGUCCAUCUGUAGCUGUCCAUUACCUGAUACGAAGCGUUUGUCUUAUCCUACAGCAUGCCCUAGGAUUGUCAGCAAAGACGAAUGGGGCGGAAGACCCCCGAAGGGGCCCACCGAGAAAAUGAAUGUGCCAGUGCCGUUCACGGUGGUGCACCACGGGGGUUCGAAGGAUUACUGCACCACUGAGGAACGGUGCGCGGCGAUUGUGCGCUCGUACCAGACAUCACACAUGGACUCGAACGGCUGGAACGACAUCGGCUACAAUUUCGUGGUCGGCGAAGACGGCAAUGUGUUCGAGGGACGCGGCUGGGAGGCCGUAGGGGCCCACGCCCCCACGUACAACACGAAAAGCAUCGGAAUUUGCAUCAUAGGAGAUUUCACAGAUCGUCUACCGAACGAGGCAGCCCUUAAAGCAGUCCAGAGCCUCAUUGAGUGUGGAGUCGAGCAGAACAAGAUACAAAGGCAAUACCAGCUGAUUGGUCAUCGUCAGAAUACAGCCAGCUCCACGGUAUGUCCCGGUACCAAGCUGUUUGAGGAGAUAAUGACCUGGCCACAGUGGACCCCAGACCCCAAGAACGUCAAAGGUUUCCAGACAAAUUGGGAUUAAUCUCAGUCAGUUCAUACUGAAGUUAGUCUGUUAUGACGGUUACUGUACAUUCUUGCGUGCAGAUCUUACCAUCUGUUUAGCAACUACAUUAAAAGUAAUACUGAAACAAAUGAUUUAGUUGUUAACAGGAAUAUGGAAAAAAUGACCUAAAUAUUGGUUUUAAGCUUUAUAUUGUUAGAACAUGGGUGUGUGUUUCUGUAUAAUUUUCCUUCCAGAUUAAAAGAUGAAUUUAAACGCAAUAGAAAUAUCUUUUAAACAAUGAGACAAUUCGUUGGUUAACACUAAUAAUACAGCUUUGUGUUUAUAAUGAUUAACCAACGAUGUAAUAUUCUUUAUAAUACGAAUGACAGAAAACAAUACGAAAAAGGAACCACGUAAAGAUUUUGUGUUGUUAAAAUAUCCAUCUUUUCAACUUCUGUUUGGUACACAGAGCAGCUUUUGUGUAACCUGUUAUGUAACAAUUUUUGGAUUUUUUAAGAUAAUUUCUAGAAAUUCUUGAUUUUUUUUA